CGACCAACGUAUGUAUCUUCCAGUCUCUUAGACUCGCCCUCGUCGACAGCAUCGUCGACGGCUGCCGGACUCGAGUACCUCACCCCACUGGGUGAGUCUCUCGCCACGACAAUGCGUCACUCACUCACUGGUCGCGUAUCUGUAUGUUGUGUGGGAAUUCACGUGAAUCUUGGCUUUGUUUACGUACCAUGCCCCUGACCCCUUGCUUAUUCCUCCACCAUCCGGUCACUGGCUCUCCCCGCCAUGUCCUGCCAUACUCACUCUUAUCAACAACACUUCAAGUCAACUCUGCAUCGCGACUACCAGCGUCUUAUGACAAUCUCCUUGACUUUUGAUCACCUGGCAUACCCGCACAUCAUUGAGCGCGUCCUCGACUUCGCCGAUGCGCGUACCCUCUUAGCAUUCAGCCGCACGGCUCAUGCGUACCGCAAGUGCGCCCUGACCGCGACGCGCCACAUCGUGGUCGAGCGCCAGGGCCGCUCUCUCUCGAUCCGGAGCUCGCGGGGCUCUAUUGGCCGCGCAUUUCCUCCUGGUACUCACCACCUCGUCGCAAGCGCGCAUCUCUCCUCAGACACUUUCGCGCACACCAAGGUUAUCGACUUCGUCGGCGCGACGGGAAAAGGUGCCCCACGUCCACUUCACGUUGUUCCCGCAUCAGUGGUCAGAGUUAUCGAGCGUAACGGCAUCAGCAAGCACAACUAUGCGCAGUAUCCGUCCACGACUACGAUCGUCUUCGGCAAUCUGAGCUUGCGUUUUCCCAAUGAGAGCACAAUCCAUUGGUCGGGACCGGGCGUUCCGCUUGGCUCGCGGCUGGUAUGGAACGUGACGGGCUUGGGCUGCGGACAGUCGGUGGACAACAAACUCACGGAUAAAAGGUUGCGCGAGGUCGUGCUCCACUUUUCGGCCUUCUACGGGAGGCUCUCUGUGGACCCAUUCAUACGGCUCCUUAGAAUUUUGACCCAUGUGGAGAAGGUCCACGUGUGGCUAGUAGGGUUAGACACCUUUCCACCGGGCGAGUUGACCUUUGAAGCGCCCGGUCUGACCAACGAAGAGGCAUGGUCCUCCAGAUUGCUUGCGCUGGGCCCAGCCGCGGACCGUCUCUCGUUACUCACCGCUCAAGCGUACAAGGUGGAGGUUGGAGGGGAGCAAUACGAGCUUGAGACGGUCGAGGAGCUAUGGUGAUCGGAUCGGUGCAAUGGGACUGUCCUUGCCUCGUGUAGGCAGCAGUAUAGUUGCAGGAAACAGUUCAAGAUGUAUGAUAGCCAUGCAGCUUUACCACCCUGUCUGCAGGCUGUGCUGAACGC